AGGGUUUUUAGCUUCUCCCACCGCCCUACGGACCCAUCUCUCUUAUUUCUCUCUUCUCUUCUGAGCUUGAAGAGAGAAAACCCAAAACCAAAUCACUUCGGGAAAUCCCUCUCUCUAUAUAUAAAUCCAAUCCUAUCAGAUUCAGCGGUCUAGUUUUGCUGAGUCUAAUUCCGUCUUUGCUUAUUUCAAUCCUACUCCGGAUUUUCUUUCAAAGUUAUUCAGAUCGAGGUAUGCAGCAGGCUGAUCAAUCGGUGUUGAGCUUGAGACCUGGUGGCGGUCGUGGUAGACUCCUUGGUCCUCGCUUCGACUCUUCCUCCGCCCAGUCUUCUUCUCUAGCUUUCGGUUCCUUUUCUUCUGAUCUCCCCACCUUGCGUUCCCAUGGCGGGGCCGGCGCUGGGUUCUCUAUUAAGGCCGGAGAUUCACGAUUUGAGGGUCGUGACCGCGUGAAGUACACUAGAGAGCAGAUCUUGCAGCUUAGAGAGGCUGUUGAGGUCCCUGAGGAAAUUAUAAAAGUCAGACAAGAAGUUGAAGCUGAGUUUCUUCUUGCUGAAGAUCAACCUUGGGUUCGUGUAGAACCCAAUGUGAACAAUUUGCCAAAUCAACCGGCUCAUUAUCCGGAGCCAGACAACCGGGAUUGGCGCAACCGUCGUGCUCCAGUUCCUGAGACACUUAGGGAGAAUAGAGAGCCUGGUAAUUACAGACAGCAGGAAGCAAAUCAGCAGCAAUAUCCGAGGGCACAAAACUCUUCCAACCAAGGGGGAGGGGCUGUUCCUGCUCUAGUAAAAGCUGAGGUCCCAUGGUCAGCUAGAAGGGGUACCCUAUCUGACAAGGACCGUGUGGUGAAGACUGUUAAGGGGAUACUGAACAAGCUGACCCCAGAGAAGUUUGAUCUCCUUAAAGGACAGCUAGUAGACUCUGGAAUUACCUCGGCUGAUAUUCUAAAGGAAGUCAUUGAAUUGAUCUUCGAUAAGGCUGUGCUGGAACCUACAUUUUGUCCAAUGUAUGCUCGUCUAUGCUCUGAUCUUAAUGAAAGGCUUCCCCGGUUCCCAUCAGAGGAACCAGAUGGAAAAGAAAUCACUUUCAAGCGUGUCCUCUUGAACAAUUGCCAAGAGGCUUUUGAUGGUGCUGACAAGUUGAGGGAAGAAGUGCGGCAGAUGACUGCCCCUGAACAAGAGAUGGAACGUAGGGAUAAAGAAAGAUUGGCUAAGAUACGUACUCUGGGAAACAUUCGUUUAAUUGGAGAGCUCCUGAAGCAGAAGAUGGUACCUGAAAAGAUUGUCCAUCACAUUGUUGCGGAGCUCUUAGGAGCUGACAACAACAUUUGUCCUGCUGAGGAAAAUGUUGAGGCCAUAUGCCAUUUUUUUACCACUAUUGGUAAACAGCUUGAUGAGAAUCAAAAAUCACGUCGUAUAAAUGAUUUGUACUUCGGCCGAUUGAAGGAACUGACAACAAACCCUCAGUUGGCUCCAAGGCUGAGGUUCAUGGUUCGGGAUGUAAUUGAUUUGCGCUCCAACAACUGGGUUCCCAGGCGUGAGGAGGUGAAAGCCAAAACCAUCAGUGAAAUACAUACAGAGGCAGAAAAGAAUCUUGGAUUACGUCCUGGUAGCACUAGAACUGGUCGUGGCAACUUUGCUGGUACUCAAGGGAGUACCAGCCCUGGGCCCUUCUCCAACAGCCGACCUGGUUCAGGGGGUAUGAUGCCUGGUAUGCCUGGGUUUCCAGGAACUAGGAAGAUGCCUGGUAUGCCUGGAAUGGACAAUGACAAUUGGGAGGUGUCUAAGACCCGGUCAAUGCCAAGAGGUGAUGGUUCUGGUAUGCAGCCAGCUGGGCGUGGGGGCCAGAUGCCAUUAAUUGGCAAAUCAACAUCGGUGAACACAAGGCUGUUACCUCAGGGUAGUAGUGGCCUUACAAGUGGACGCCCUAGUGCCUUGUUGCAGGGUAGUGGUGCUCCUCCUGCUCGCCCAAGCAACUACUCUUUCGAAACUGAGCCUGUAGCCCAGGUUCCUGUGCCUGCUAGACCUGUUCCUACUGCACCUGUAUCACGACCUGUUGAAAAGCCACAAGCUCCAGCUUUAAAGUUGAAAGUAGAUGAACUAAGGAAAAAAACAGUUUCUCUUUUGGAGGAAUAUUUCAGUGUGCGACUUUUAGAUGAAGCAUUACUGUGCGUGGAGGAGCUAAGAUCUCCAGCUUACCACCCUGAGGUUGUCAAAGAAGCUAUCUCCCUUGCGCUGGGGAAAAGUACAUCCUAUGUUGAACCACUUUUUAAGCUUCUCGAGCAUUUGUUCUCUAAGAAGGUCAUUACAGCGAGUGACAUAAGGAGUGGAUGUUUGCUCUAUGCAUCUUUGCUGAGUGAUAUCGGCAUUGAUUAUCCUAAAGCACCGAGUUAUUUUGGUGAAGUUAUGGGAAAAUUAAUUGUAGUUGGAGCUUUGGAUUUUAAGGUGGUGAAAGAGGUUUUGAAGGUGGUGGAUGAUGACUACUAUCAGAAAGCCAUAUUCAAUGCAGGACUGCAGGUUAUUAGUUCUAGCCCUUCGGGGCAAGCUGUGCUGGAUUCACAAGCAUCUGAUAUUGAGGCCUGCCGGAGUCUCUUCUAGAUUUUCUGGAACAUCUUUGCAGGAGCAACUUGAGUUUCUGUAACCAUGUCUUAUUGUUUCACCUCAUCGCAAUGCCCUUACCCUUCACCCUUUUUUUUGGGUGAACGACUGUACUAUUAGAUAAGGGUGGAGUCAGGACAGUUUAUUUUUAAUUUUUUUUGUUCUUUUGAGUUGUAUAUUUCCUGAGGUCAUAGUAGUGUGAGGAAAGAAAUCAAAUCAUAAUGGCAUGAAUUUUGCUCUCUAGCUGUGGCUUAUGAAACCGUGUGCCAACUUGCUGGAGGAUAGUUGGCCCUUGAAGAGAUCCAGUUGUUUUGUACUUCAUUAGUUUUGUUAUCAAUUUUUUGUUUUGUACUUCAUUAGUUUCUGUUUAUUUUACUCAUCGUUGAACUUGGCUAGCUCAUAAGUGCCAUGCCCUCUCUAUCUUCCACUAUAAUGGAACUUGAUCUGGUUUUGGGAUUUGGA